GUUCGUGAGCCCAGUCCGAUGUAAUCCACAGUACUUGAUAGUGCACUUGAAAUGCAAGUUAGGGCAACAUUUUCGGGCAGAGUGUCAUCUUCCGAGCCUCUCUUUCGAUGCAUCCACCGUCUCACCCUCCACUCGUCGCCGACAUGAUAAACCGAACUGAAAGCGCGCAGUGCGAUCCGAGCGUCGACCCCUGCCGACAGCUCUUCAACAUCCUCUGGGGAUGUCUCGCGACGAUAUUCGCCUGCGUGUGGGUCUCCGUGCACCCGAACGUCCCACCGUCAAACCAGGGCGCAAUCCGGGCUUUCUGGUCGAGGCUCAAGAUCAUGCUCAUCGCCGUGAUUGCCCCGGAGAUCGUCGUCGUAUUUGCCGCACGGCAGUUCCUCGCUGCGCGUCAGUUCGCGAACGAGCACGGCGUCUCGAUGGCGCAUGGAUUCUUCUUCGCGAUGGGCGGAUUCGUGGAUGUGGACCGACGCCCCAUAUUCACGAACGAAUCCUUGGAGCAGGCGGAUGUGCUCAAUGCUAUCAGGGCGGUGCGCGUGGCCGACAUCGAAGACAAGAGCAAGGGUGAUGCUUUCUCCAAGGGCAUCGCGUUGCUUCAGGGAUUGUGGUUCAUUGUCCAGUGCAUCGCGAGGACCGCGCAGGGUCUCCCGGUCUCGGAGCUGGAGGUCUCGACGCUCGCAUUCGCCAUUCUGAAUAUCUUCAUGUGGGCACUCUGGUGGCACAAACCCCUCGGCGUACAAGAGGGGAUCGUCCUCAUGAAUGUCAAAGCCAGCUCUGUGGGGAAGGGUACAAAGCAGGACGUCAAACGACGUCCACCCCGCCGCUCGAUAUCCCGGUGGUUUGAGGAACGAUUGGCUGAAUUCGGGGGUGUAUUUGUCGGUGACUAUUGGGACUACUUUCAGGUCGUGGAGGAUCUCCAAUCGGUGCCCAUGUUCUGGUCGACCGACGCGGACGACAUCGACGUCCCGAUCUACGGAAGAAUGGCCAUCGGCGGACUCGGCUUUCUCGCCGAAGCAUUCUUUGGCCUCGUCUUUGGUACAAUCCACUGCGCGGCGUGGAAUAGUCAUUUCCCUUCUGUGGCAGAGAAGUUGUUGUGGAGGGUCUGCUCGAUUAUAAUUGCCGUGACCCCCUUGAGCUUGGUCGGCUCUGUGGGACUUGUAAACAUGCUGCCUCUUGUUGGGGAUCUUCCAUAUAUGCCGAUUCCAGUGGCAUGUGCUGUGUUAUAUCUAUUGGCUCGGCCUGUGCUGAUCGCCUUAACGUUCACGACCCUUCGGCAUCUGCCAGCGGGGGCUUUCUAUGAUAUAAAUUGGACAGGUUUUCUCCCUCAUUUAUCGUAGAGCUCGUCGUAAACUAGUCUUUCAUCGGAAUCCAUAAUUUCAC